CGUGGCUCCCAGAGCGGAACAACCAUGUUGGACUUCGCGAUCUUCGCCGUCACCUUCUUGCUAGCGUUGGUGGGAGCGGUGCUCUACCUCUACCCGGCUUCUAGACAAGCUUCAGGGAUCCCAGGAAUUACUCCAACUGAAGAAAAAGAUGGUAAUCUUCCAGACAUUGUCAACAGUGGAAGUUUGCAUGAGUUCCUGGUUACCAUGCAUGAGCGAUACGGGCCUGUGGUCUCUUUCUGGUUUGGCAGGCACCUAGUGGUUAGCUUGGGCACAGUUGAUGUCCUGAAGCAGCACAUCAAUCCCAAUAAGACAUGUAAGUUGAAUUUUCUUUCCAAUCAGCUAACCCUUUCUGUUCUCUUUCAGCUUUCAGAAGAAUUAUUAGAUAAAUGGCUCUCCUAUCCAGAGUCUCAGCAUGUUCCCGUCUGCCAGCACAUGCUUGGUUUUGCUAUGAAGUUUGUUACACAGAUGGUAAUGGGCAGUACCUUUGAAGAUGAUCAGGAGGUCAUUUGCUUCCAGAAGAAUCAUGGCACGGUUUGGUCUGAGAUUGGAAAAGGCUUCCUAGAUGGGUCUCUUGAUAAAACUACAACUCGGAAAAAACAAUUCGAGCAUGCUCUCACACAACUGGAAUCUAUUUUAAAGAAAGUCAUAAAAGAACGAAAAGGAAGGACCUCCGGUCAACAUAUUUUCAUUGACUCCUUAGUACAGGGGAACCUUAAUGACCAACAGAUCCUAGAAGACAGUAUGAUAUUUUCUCUGGCCAGUUGCAUAAUAACUGCAAAAUUAUGCACCUGGGCAAUCUGUUUUUUAACCACCUCUGAAGAAAUUCAGAAAAAAUUAUAUGAAGAAAUAGAUCAAGUAUUUGGGAAGAAUCCUGUUACUUUGGAGAAAAUUGAGCAGCUCAGAUACUGUCGACAAGUGCUGUGUGAAACCGUGCGGACUGCCAAACUGACUCCAAUUUCUGCCCGGCUGCAAGAUAUUGAAGGAAAGAUUGACCAAUUUAUUAUUCCCAGAGAGACUCUUGUCCUUUAUGCCCUUGGAGUUGUACUUCAGGAUCCUAGCACUUGGCCGUCACCACACAAGUUUGAUCCAGACCGAUUUGCUGAUGAAUCGGCAAUGAAAAUAUUCUCCUUGCUUGGAUUCUCAGGCACACAGGAAUGCCCAGAGUUGAGGUUGGCGUAUAUGGUGACCACAGUUCUUCUGAGUGUCUUGGUAAGAAGACUGCACCUACAUUCUGUAGAGGGACAAGUUAUUGAAACAAAGUAUGAACUGGUCACAUCGUCAAGGGAAGAAACCUGGAUCACUAUCUCAAAGAGAUAUUAAAAUCUUUGGGUUUUGUUUGA